CUCUGCUCCUCGCGCGAACCAUCCUGCAACGAUGGACGGUGACUUCCUGCCCGCGCGCCCACAGUAUGUCAUCUCGGCGGCUGACACUGACAAGCGCGUCACCGACGUGGCGCAUUACAACGAGUGGAUGGACUAUCUGGCCCCUCGGCUCCAGCAGUUCAGGAAUCAACGUUACGCCUGCGAUAACCUUGCGCUGCGCGAUCUCCUCCAGCUCGUGCAUGACUUGGCCGUUUUCUCAAACGAGGACCGAGGCGACGAACUUCCGAAGGAGCUCUGGGAGCACUAUAGCCAUCUCCAGUACGGGAUAGUCGUGAGGCUCACCGAGUUCUGGAGAAGGUAUUACCUAGGGAUGGAGAAGCCAAUAGCGAGUAAACUCUGGAAUUAUCGUCUCGACGACGAUACCGAGGAAACGAUGGCAGCAUGGCUCUGGAGCGCGAACGUCGACCCGAAGCAUUUGAAGGCAAGACUUGUCACCGACGCAGUGGGCGAAAGAAACUGGGAGUUCUUCCGAACCGCUUUAUGGCAUUGCGUGUCAAAGGAGGGCAUCAGAUUCCCCAGUCCAAAGUUUCGGAAGCUUUCACUGUGGCAAUAUCGCUUCUCGCUGUCGAACUGCUUGAAUCCCGAAGAUCCAGGCUGGGAUCAUAUAUCCGAUCCAGUAACAUUGGGAGGCGCUUAUGCUGAGCACACCAAGCCUGAAUUCCUGGAGUCAGCUAAUGCAGCACGCCGUUUGGGUUACCUAGAAGAAGCCGUGAAUUUCUUCAUCCGGUACGCCGACGAGCACAAAUGGGAGCCGGUAAAGUUCUCUGCAGUGCAGGCCAUAGGCAUAUUCCUCGAGAAACUCCCAUUCGAAUUUAGUUAUCCGGAGGACAAGCUGCCGUCUCAGAUGAGGUGUCGCUAA